CUCCCGCUGCUCUGCGCGGCCCCCGAUGUUUCGAGGGGAAAUAAGCUUAAACUGAUGCUUCAGAAACGCGAAGCCCCUGUUGCCACGAAGCCUGAGGUGUCAGUGAAAGAAACGGCGGCCAAGGAGUUCCUAAGCAGCCUGAGACGCCAGAGACGCCAGCUGUGGGACAGAAGCCAGCCCGACGUGCAGCAGUGGUACCAGCAGUUCCUGUACCUGGGAUUCGACGAGGCGAAAUUUGAAGAUGACAUCUCCUACUGGACAAGCUUAGGGCGUGCUCGUAAUGAGUACUAUGGUGGCUACUACCAACACCACUAUGAUGAAGAUUCACCAAUUGGCCCACGAAAUCCACACACCUUCAGGCAUGGAGCAGGUGUCAACUACGAUGAUUACUAA